AUGGCUGAUAGAGUGAACGUGAAUGACGACGAUGAAGCACGCCGAAAUGAAAUAAGAACUAUGGUUGUGGAAGAGGUAAAGAAAGCAAUUGAGGCUAGUAUACCCCGACUAGCUCAGGAAGUCGAGGGGCAAGUAUUGGAGGUAGCUAAUACCAUGGUAACAUCUAAGGUGGAAGAAUUGAAAGAAAUGAUUAGUGAACUGCAAGUGAAGAAAAGCAAACGGAGAUGUACGUACAAAGAGUUCAUGGCAUGUAAUCCCUUACCAUACAAAGGGGAUGUUGAUCCGAUAGCUUGCCAAAGGUGGAUUUCAAGCACUGAAGCCGUGUUUACACGAAGUAGAUGUGAAGUGGAAGAUCAAGUAAUGUUUGCCACGGGCCUCCUACAAUUUCGAGCAAAAGAUUGGUGGGAUGCAUACUCGAAGGAAUUGGGGGAUGAUAAAGUACAGUCGUUAACAUGGCAAGAAUUCAAGGAGUCAUUCCUGAAAUAUUAUAGUCCACAAUCCGCAAUUGAUAAGAUUCAGGAAGACUUCUUGCGUCUCAGACAGAAGGAUGAAACGAUUGACGAGAUAACAAACAAGUUCCUUGAAAGGGUGAAGUUCUGUGAGGAGAUAGCGGGGACGGAGAGGCAAAGGAUUGUACGUUACCAUGCUAUGCUAAAGGCCGAAUAUCGGGAAUUUGUAAAUCCCUCCAAGUGUGCAACGUUGAAUGAACUAAUUGAUUGGGCAAGAGAUAGAGAAAUUGAAAUAAAAAGGCAGGUUGAACGGGGAGAGAAAAGAGUAGCGGAGAAGCCUACCAACGCAAGCCCAUCGAAAAAGGCAAGACACCAAGAUCAAAGCAAGAAAGGGAAAGCAAGUGGUGAAAUCCCGACCUGCAAGACGUGUGGGAAGCAUUAUUCGGGUGAAUGUUUGUCGGGAAAGAAGGGGUGCUACAAAUGUGGGCGAGAAGGACAUCCGUUUUAUAGGUGCCCAGAAAACUCAAAGGCGUGUUACAAUUGCAAUGAACCGGGGCACAUUAAAGCGGAAUGUCCGAAACUCCAACAAGGGGCAAAGAGAGAUGGAAAGAAGGACGAGCCCCCCCAAGGCUCGCGGAAGGAUGUUUCAGUUAACCUCGGAUGA